CUAUGCAGGGGGUAUCUUCACAUGGCUGCGGCGCGGAACCCGUUGCGUCAUUGGGCGUUUCGCGGCACUUAAAGAGUCGCAGAUUCCCAACCAUGGUAACGCGGAUCUCCAGACAAAAGAUGAAAUACGCUACAAUCCGUCCGAACGCUGUCAAGUCAUUAACUGGAAUCUGCCACUCCUCCCACCGACUGUAUCCAUCAUGUCGCGGCAACGCUUGUCGUUACUUCGGAUACUCCCAGCGCGGAAGCGCGCCGCAAAAGGACGAGACAGCACCGAAGUCCGAUCCGCGUCUUGAAGAUUUUGGAAAAUUGAUAAAGGAUGAAUAUGCAGUUCUUAGGGAACAAUAUGCGACUCCGAAGUAUCCAAUUGUCCUUGCGCAUGGCUUGUUAGGCUUCGAUGAGCUCCGUCUAGCAGGGCCGCUUCUUCCGGCAAUUCAAUACUGGCGUGGUAUCAAGGAUGCAUUGUCGAUGAAAGGGGUGGAAGUUAUUACUGCUAAGGUUCCUCCGUCCGGAUCGAUUGAACAGCGUGCGGAAGAGCUCGCUAGGGAUAUUGCUGCGGGCGCGAGGGGGAAGCAUGUUAAUAUAAUUGCUCAUAGCAUGGUAGGACUUGACUCUCGUUACAUGCUUAGCAGGUUGAGGCCGUCUGAGUUCAAAGUGAAGUCGCUGACGACCAUUGCAACCCCGCAUAGAGGUUCGUCUAUUGCGGACUAUAUAUUCGAGCGGAUUGGUGACGAUCGUCUACCCCAGAUUUAUUACGCCUUUAACCGGAUGAGGAUUGAUACUGGGGCUUUCGACCAGCUUACACGGAAGUAUAUGGAAGGGACGUUCAAUCCCAACACGCCUGAUGUAGAGGACGUUCGCUACUACUCGUACGGAGCGAUGAUUAACCCCGGAUUUUGGACAGUCUUCCGCCAGUCGCAUCGGAUUCUUGAGCAGUUGGAAGGACCGAAUGAUGGUUUGGUCAGCAUCGCCAGCAGCAGAUGGGGCAGCUACAAGGGCACUCUGGUUGGCGUGAGCCACCUGGACCUCAUAAACUGGAGUAACAGACUCAAGUGGCUGGUCAGUGAGCUUGUCGGGAGGAAAAGGCAUUUCAAUGCCAUUGCAUUUUAUCUUGAUAUUGCAGAUAUGCUUGCAAAAGAAGGUCUAUAGUCAGUCAAUCUUCGAAGCACCGUUGCAUCUCGGCCGUACCGGAUCUCAACGGCUUAGAAUCUCGUGGCAUCCAUAGACAUAUACCCCAAUAGCUCUAUCUGAAUAAAUAUCAUAUAAUAAAACUUGAU